GUAUUAUUUAUUUCUUAUACAUUGAUAUUUCUUACCAGAGAUUCUACUCUAUUUCAUCGUCACCUCAAGCACAUCCUGGGGAGAUCCAUGCCACGGUUGCUGUUGUAAGAUUUAAAAAAGAAAGUAAGUUUCUACAGAGAUUGUUGUUAGUAUAAUGGUGGUUGAUUUUACUGCAGCUUGUGGUGGUUGAUUUUACUACAGCUUGUGGUAGCAUAUUGGGCUCAGAAGAAUCCAAUAAGAUAUAAGGUAAUUGUGUUGUAGCUUAUUCAGUGAAUACUAAAGCCCCAGUCGAAUGGGAAUGAAAGUUGAUGAGAAUUGCAACUAUCGCUCGCGUUUGAACACCAAGUCUGGCACUCUCAUCAACUUUGAGCUGGUUCAAAUUUUGAUAAGAGUUUUCCCUAUUAACGCGGUAAUAUCCAAUCAACUCUCAUGCAACUCUUGUUCUCGUUUGACCGGGGCAUGAGAGUUGAGAAAACUCUCAUGCAAAAACUCUGGCUUGCCAACUCUCAUGCAAUUCCAUAUGACCAUGAUUAUCUUUUCUUAACAGAUGGCCAAGGUCCAGUCCACAAUGGAGUGUGUUCCACUUGGAUAGAAAGCCUCAAGCCAGGCGAUAUGAUUCCAUGCUCUGUUAGACAGUAAGUCAAAUGUUUUCAUGCUACAAUGGACCAUUUCUAAACAAGUCUAGACAAAAAAUUACAGCUUCAAAGAGCAUCACAAAAUUAGUAAUAUUCCAAAGUUUCGUUGCGAAAUGUUGUAAAAUGUGGAUAAUAUAGCUUUGUGAAGUUUGCAAUUUUCAGUCAUUUUGUAUUACGCACGCGAAAUUGACAGCCCAAUCGGGUGUUGGGGCAUCAAUUUCCCCGUUUGUAAUACAAAAUGACUGAAAAUUGCAAAUUUCACAAGGCUAUAUUAUCCGCAUUUUACAACAUUUCGUAACGAAAUUUGGAAUAUUACUAAUUUUGUGAUGCUCUUUCAAGCUGUGAUGAAAUUUUUGUCUAGAUAAAAUUUAGUCUAUACUGCAAAUGGUCCAUUAACAAGCAAUUUUUUCAUUUUUCGCAUACAGUAUGUGCGAUGAGAAACUUAAAAUCUUCUUAGUGCAUGGUCCUCCCGAAAAUACUUUGUUUUAGGUUUAAAUUACGCUACUAAAUUAAGAAAAAAAUUUAUUUAUUUAUAGUGCUCAUUCAUUCCACAUGCCAGAAGAUCCUUCCCUCCCCGUCAUCAUGGUAGGGCCUGGCACGGGUAUAGCGCCAUUCCGCAGUUUCUGGCAACAACGUUUGUUUGAGAAAAAAAAUAAGUUGACAAACAAAGUCAAAGACAAAGGAAAGAACCAAAGUAAGUUAAUCUACAAUGAUUGUAAAUGCCUAAGUUAGAAGACUAUAGUAGGGAAGCGCAAGUUCAUGAUAAGUUUGAAAACCGGCUUACAUUGACCUAUUUCCUAAUGAACAAAAUUUUGAUCUAAACAAGUCUAGACAAAAAUUUCAUCACAGCUUGAAAGAGCAUCACAACAUUAGUAAUAUUCCGAAGUUUCGUUGCGAAAUGUUGUAAAAUGCGGAUAAUAUAGUAAUAGCCCUGCGAAGUUCGCCGUUUUUCAGUCAUUUUGUAUUACGCGCGGGAAAUUGAUACCGCUUUCUGAAAAAAAACUUUAAAAAUGUAUCAAUAUCCCGUGCGUAAUACCAUAGGCAAUCCAAAAUGUUUUGGGAUUGUCUAUGGUAAAUACAAAAUGACUGAAAAACGGCAAACUUCGCAGGGCUAUAUAUUUAUAAUUAUUAUUUAUUUUAUAAUUAGAUUUAAAGAAUUUUAAUUUGAUAUUGGUUUUACUUAAUCACUAGUCAAUUUUCCAUUUCACGUAAAAUUUAUAUUGAGAAAUAUUUUGUUUCUUUUUUCAGGACCGACAACACUGAGCAAAGAUAAGAACUCUACAUGGGGACCGCUGACCCUGUAUUUCGGUUGCCGCAGUUCAGAACACGACGACAUCUACAAACAUGAGACAAGUCAUGCAAUGAGAGAAGGGGGGUUAGAUACCGUCUAUACGGCAUUCUCUAGAGAACCCAAUGUACCAAAGGUAUGAAAAAUACUACUUUUAUACAAUGCAAAAUGAGUACUUGACUCAAAUACAGUAUGCGAGUAAAAUAAUAACGCACCCACAAUAACUCACAAAAUAUUAUGGGUAAAUCUACUCAUUUCUUGAGUAAAGUAAAUAUUUACUAAAAAAAAAUAAGUAUAAUUGAAACCAAUAAAAAAUUGAGUAAUUUUACACCAAAUAUUGAGUCAUUGUGGGUGCAUAUUGUAUUUUACUAAAGUUUUUGAAGCAAAAUAUACUCAGGGAUUUUUUAUGUUUGACAACAAUUAAAUCCUCACUGACAAACUGUAAUAAUUAUUUUGUGCAAAAAUGUACCAAAAUUUGAAUGUCCCACAAAAUGCAAUACCUAUGUUCUAGUAUUUUAUACAGCAAAUUAUUGGGGAUCCCGCAAAGGAUUGCGCUAUAAAUUGAUCAAAUAUUUUGGAUCGGGAUGGUGGAUUUUCCUCUCGGAAAUUCAACAAUUUUGAACACCCCAAUAAAUCCCCCCCCCCCACCCUCUAAUAAAUAAACUACGUCACAUGUCGAUGUUCAUCUAUUUUCAGACGUACGUACAAGACUUGAUCAAGAAAAAUGCGAGUGAAAUUUACGACAUGUUGGUGAACAAGGGAGGACAUUUCUUUGUCUGUGGAGACGUUUCCAUGGCGGAUGACGUGCACACCUCACUCGAGGUGAGCUUCACGUCCUUUGAAAAUUUAUUUGUUGGAUAAAAUCGGCGAAUUAUUUUUAAAAUUAUAUAGGAAUACAAUUAAAUAUAUUAAUAUUUCAAGGGAAUAUAAUAAUAAAAGCCCAUAAGGGUUUCAUAAAGAUCCUUAGUCCUAACAUUUGUAUACAGUUGUAAAUCAUUACAUCUUACUAUCGUUAUACUGUAUGCAAUUUGGGCAAAAUAAGUAAACAAUAUGAAUGUUUAAAUCACAAGGGCAUUAGGACAAAACACGAACACUGACAUUGCAAAACACCUGCAUAGCAAGGAACAAAUUGCAAAAAUUAACAGUAAUUAUUAACAGUUAGUAACAAUUAGUAACAGUUUUUUUCUGCUUUCUAGAAUGCACUCGAAGCAGAGGGAAAGCAGCAUGACAAUGAUACCAAAGACUUCGUUCAAAAUAUGAAGGUAGAAAUUUAGAACUAAACUCUUAAUACAAAUUAUGUACAUCUUAUAUUUAAGUAUUUUUAUUGACACUGUCAGUUAGGUAUUAAAUUCGACUACUCCUUAACACAAAAACAACUAUUUAGAUAUUAUCAACAAUGUUUGUAUAUCAAAUUGUGAUUUAUGCAAUUAGAGCAUAUUUAUAUUAAUUAGAAUUGUAUUCGAAGUUAUGUUCACGUUAUAUUUUUCCCCACAGAAUAAUGGCAUCUAUCAUGAAGAUAUAUUUGGUAUUACAUUGAGAACAAAAGAAACAACGGACAGAGCAAGACAAAGUAAAUGUUUACAUACAUAAUAAUUCUCUAUAUAGUUAGUUAUAGUUAGUGUCAACUUGAACUAAAACCCCAUUUUAGUCAUGCCAAAAUAAUUUCGUCCACUGAAUUGAUUGCAACUAAACUAGAACUAAACGCAAAAAACCAUAGUAUAUAAAACAUGCAACAUUACAGUAGGUAUAUAGUUUCAUUCGCUUGCUGCAAUAAUUGUCAACAUUUUGUAAUUAAAUUGCAUGAUCAGCUUGUUAACGCUUACUAAUCCAAAGAAUCCCCCGCAGUACAAUGUCACUCAGUUACAAUUUGAAGAAUGACUUGUGGCCCUUUUGGAAGCAUGCCUUAUCAGAAAUUACAGUAGCUUCUUUUGGAGUUGAUAUCUAAACUAUUUCUGUUGCUAUAUUCUAGAACGUGGAACAUUGGCGUCAGGUUCAAGGUAAGCAAUAUACCAUACAUGCAUGCAUGCAGCACAUACUUUCUUUAGAAAGUCGUUAUGAAUAAUAAAUAUUUAUCGUAGUUGACACAUUUAAGAAAAUUAAACUAAACACAAAUAUUUUAUUCACUUUAUAGCUUCGAAGCUGCAGCAGUAACAGGACAAAAAUAAAAACAUUCUUAAUAAGUGAAUGAAGGAAUUUUAGAGCAAAGGCAAAAAUCUAUACUAGAAACAACAUAUGUAUUUAAAUAACAUUAUAGCUACUGUACUAUAGCUGUAAAACAAAAUAUGAUGAUAUAAUAGAGACAUAGAUUAUAGACACAUUUACCAUGGCUAUCAUAUAUUUACAACUAAUUUACAAUGCUCUCCCUCCCCCUCCCCCGUGAGGCUGCAUGCGCAGGCAAAAUUGUGAUAACUCGCAUGCCUAUUGGAUUGCUAGUAUUACUCUAUACAUAAAAAGGCAUACGGCCUAUCCACAUCAGGUUGUGAAUUACAUUAUAGCGACAAAUUGUUAGUAUUUCCUUAACACCUUUCCAUUGAAGACUGUGAAACAGAUUAUAAAAUAAUUUCAAUGCAUGCUUUUUACUAACAACCUAAAAACCAAUUCGGGUUUACAGUUACAGUAUAAUAUAUUCAUCAGCGAGUACUAGUAUUAUUAUUAAAUUGUUAAUCAUAGGUAUUUAGUCG